UGGACAGUCGACCGAAAGUCUCCUUCUAAUGCCUCGAAACAAACGACAGAACGAAAACCAUAUUAGGCCCCGCAAAUCAGUGGCAUUAACACCUAGCCCGCCGAACCCUCUUGCCCCCCAUCUCCAUUGGUCAUGGGAGAGCUUAUAAUGCAAGCUAAACUGGGGUUCAUUCGGCCGUCGUCUGCCCACCUCUCCCGGGUUGACAGUAUCGGCUUUCCACCAAAAUGCCUGUUUAGAAAGGGGCACUCAAGGGUUGGCGCUUGCGCACAGUCGCCGCCGCCGCCUAGAAAGGGACAGGGCACGGAAGAGGCUGGGUGGUAAACAGGAAGUGGGUCCUCAGAGCUCGGGGGCAGCGCUCAGAAAACAUCUGGAGAAAAUGACCCAUUGGUUUCAUAGGAAUCCAUUAAAAGCCACAGCUCCUGUGUCUUUUAAUUACUAUGGUGUGGUCACUGGCCCUUCUGCUUCAAAAAUAUGCAAUGACUUGAGAUCAUCCAGGGCACGACUCCUUGAACUGUUCACUGAUUUGAGCUGUAAUCCAGAAAUGAUGAAGAAUGCAGCAGAUUCAUAUUUUUCACUUUUACAAGGCUUUAUAAAUUCUUUGGAUGAAUCUACCCAAGAAAGCAAGUUACGAUUUAUUCAAAAUUUCAAGUGGACUGAUACAUUACAAGGACAGGUUCCAAGUGCCCAGCAGGAUGCUGUUUUUGAAUUAAUUUCCAUGGGAUUUAAUGUAGCUUUAUGGUAUACCAAAUAUGCUUCAAGACUGGCUGGAAAAGAAAAUAUAACAGAAGAUGAAGCAAAAGAAGUUCAUCGAAGCCUAAAGAUUGCAGCUGGGAUUUUUAAACAUUUAAAGGAAAGUCAUAUCCCAAAACUCAUUACACCCGCAGAAAAAGGAAGAGAUUUAGAAUCACGACUCAUAGAAGCAUAUGUUAUUCAGUGUCAGGCCGAAGCUCAAGAAGUAACAAUUGCUCGAGCAAUUGAACUAAAACACGCUCCUGGACUAAUUGCUGCACUGGCGUAUGAAACAGCCAAUUUCUAUCAAAGAGCUGAUCAUACUUUAUCCAGUUUGGAGCCUGCAUAUUCUGCUAAAUGGAGAAAAUAUCUUCACUUGAAGAUGUGUUUCUACACAGCUUAUGCUUACUGUUAUCAUGGUCAGACUUUAUUGGCUGGUGAUAAAUGUGGUGAAGCAAUCAGGUCUCUUCAAGAAGCAGAAAAAUUAUAUGCAAAGGCAGAAGCACUGUGUAAAGAAUAUGGAGAAACCAAAGGACCUGGACCAACAGUCAAACCUUCAGGACAUCUGUUCUUUAGGAAGCUUGGAAACCUUGUGAAGAACACCCUAGAAAAAUGUCAGAGAGAAAAUGGAUUUAUUUACUUUCAAAAAAUUCCAACAGAAGCCCCACAGCUGGAACUCAAAGCAAAUUACGGUCUCGUAGAGCCUGUACCUUUCGAAUUUCCUCCUACAAGUGCUCAGUGGACACCAGAAACAUUGGCUGCAUUUGAUCUCACCAAAAGACCCAAGGAUGACAGUACUAAACCCAAACCAGAAGAAGAAGUAAAACCCGUGAAAGAACCAGAUAUCAAACCUCAGAAGGACACUGGGUGCCACAUCUCCUAAAAUACAGUUUGCACUUAGAAUUUCUCUAGCCGUAGAGAAGAUAAACCACAGAAUUGCAGCUCUUAUUUCUCCAAAUGAGUUCUCUGAAGCUUGUAGAAUAACUUGCAUUCAGAGGGUAUCUGCCUUCAGCUUACUUGUUCUUGAUUUUUAAUACAGGAGGUGUUUCUUGCUUUGUUUUCAGAUUCUCCUUUCAAUCAGGACAACAUUUGGAAGAUUUUAUUGUGCCUCUAAAGGGUGUAUUUGGGGGUUGGAUCUUUUUGUUAAACUCUGGAUAGUAAUAAGUUUCAGGUCAAUAUAGGCCCAAAUUGUGGUUUCAGGUAUGUUUUUUCUUUUUUCUUUUCCUUUCUUUUCUUCUUUUUUUCUUUUUUUUUUUGAGACAGAGUCUCCCUCUGUUGCCAAGGCUGGAGUGCAGUGGCAUGAUCUCAGCUCACUGCAACUUCCACCUCCUGGAUUCAAGUGAUUCUCCUGCCUCAGCCUCCUGAGUAGCUGGGAUUACAGAUACACGCCACCAUGCCCAGCUAAUUUUUGUAUUUUUAGUAGAGACGGGUCUCACCAUGUUGGCCAGGCUGGUCUUAAAGAUUUGGCCUAAUUUCAUAUUCUGACCUUAGCUGAUCCACCCGCCUCCCAAAGUGCUGGGAUUACAGGUGUGAGCCACCGCCCCAGCCUCAGGUAUGUUUUUCUAUUUACACACAAAAAAUUAAUUUUCCUUCCUCUUACUUGAUAUCAGAAGAAUGACAGGAAUCCAUUUUUAACAGAGAUAGUUUUUCCACUUUUCCAUCGUGUUAAUCAGAACACAGACUUAUGUUCUCAGUCAUUUAUCUUUUUCUGGUGGGUGGAAAAAUUGUCACUUAUAGUUGAAGAUCAGAAAACCAUCACACCAAGUCCUUUACAUGUAUUAGAAUCAAUAAUUUACUCAAAAAUCAGUGUUUAUAGGUAUGUUGGGACCUUUAAGAACUUACCCUAUUCCAGUAGCCCUGUGCUUCAUUCAUUCAGUAUCCGUAGCCCUGCACUGAUUUUUACAAAUAUCUUUUCUAGUGGGUUUUUUACUUAGAGGACAGACCUUUGUAAUAGUUAUGAUAGUCUUAAUGUUUAUAUAUAGGAAAGACAGAAUGGAAAAUGUUUUUUGAAGUCAAAUAUUGCAUGAUGUAAAGAAAAAAAACUAAAAUGAGAUAGGUUGUCCUGAAUUACACUGUUAACUCUCUACUUCUUUAUUAAAGAAGUUAUAGUAAAAUGCCUUGGUGACCUGAUUUCAGUGUACAUUUGUUUUUAUGUGGUUUUCUGAUAAUGUCCUGUCAGAAUUAUAUUUCUUUAGGCCAAAGGCCAUAGCAAAAACAUAGAGAACAAAUACAGAUACAAUAUGAUCUUAAAAAUAGAUUGUAACAGUUGAAACAAUUAGUGUGUAUGCAAAUUUGGGAAAUAGUGGAUGCAUAAUACUUAAACAGAAGUCACACAUCUGUAGGCUUAACUUCUGAUUAUUCUCUUGGAGCAUUAGGUAAUUUUUCUAUUGUAAGUGACAGGUUGAUUCACUUAAUAUAGAUAACAUAAGUAGCAUACACUAAAAGCCACUGUGUGCCAGCCACUGUGCUGGACACUUACAUAGAUAAGCCAUUGAAUCCACAGCAGCCCGGUGAGAAAUAAGCAAAGUGUUGAAAUAGGAAUAUACAUUUCAUUAUGAAAAAUGAGUAGAUUAUGCCUAUCUGAAUCAAUACUGCAUUCAAAUAAGUGAUUACUUAAAUCAUAUAUCAUAGUUUACAUUCCUUAAAAAAGGUAGAUAAAUUCAGAGGUUUUUUCUUAACAUAUGAAAUACUAAAUACUGCUAGCUGCAUGAUAUUAAUAUUUGAAGCUGCAGUUUCUGAAAUAAGUGGAGUAAUAAGUAAACAGACAUUUAAUUUUAUUUUAAUAUCUAUGGAAAAUGCUUUAUUAAAUCUCACUGCAUUUUCUGUUGUCUUUUUUACAGAAUCACUUGUCUGUUGUGUGCCACUUACUGACAAAACGUUAAACAGUACUUGAUGCCAGCUCUUUACUUUCUGGCUUGUGGGACCUACUCCUCUUAGAUACUUGUGCUUCUUAAUCUACUUACUAAAUUUUCACAUUGACAUUUUUGGGGAUGAUACUGUCGUAUAUGAAAUGGAAAUGUCAUAUGUCCAGUGCUUCUGUAAAAUGAAGCAGUACUUGAAAUCAGUAGGCAUCUUUGACAUGAGCAGAUAAAUAUUUUGUUGACUAAAAUAUCCCGUUAUAUGUAAUGUUUUUAAAACCUUGUUGGAAAUUAUCAAAUGUAGAGAAAUUACAUGAAGGUUAUGGAGAGAUGUAACUACUUGUGUUUACUAUUACACGCAUUUCAUACCGGGCAGUGACAACUAACAUGUUACUUCUACUCAAAGUGUAUAAUGGGUUCUCUAUUUAUGAAAAUAAAAGUAAUUUUACUCACAA